AUGCCGCCGACGGAGCUUUUCUUCAGAUGGAGGUCCUUUUUGAGGUCGAGGAGGAGCUCAAGUAGACGAUGGCUGCGCUGGGGAAGGCGCUCCUCCUGCACUGGAGGGCAAAUGGCGCUGUCGGGGCGCACCGACACCGGCUCGGUGACGCUCUUCGAGCUCUGCGUGCACCUCCCGGCCUGCUCGGAGGAGAGCCUCACCACUUUUGGGCAGAUCGAGAAGCAGGGCGAUUUGUCUCGGCAUCUUCCGCUCCACGUGGUGGCACCCGGCGGCGUGGACAGCUCGGAGCAGAUCAGGGUCGCGGGGGAGGGGCUGCGUGCCACGGUGCCGGGUGCUGCCUGCCACUCCCACCGCCGGUGGGCAUGCGGUGCGCGUGCGGCGCCGUCGUGCUCUCGACCCUGGACGUGGAGCCGCCGCAGUCGGGUCCUUUUUGGGAUCACCGCCCAGCCGCCGCUCCUCCUCCUCCUCCUCCUCCUCCUUCUCCUCCUCCUCCUCCUCCUCCUCCUCCUCCUCCUCCUCCGCCUCCUCCUGCACCUCAGCUCGGGCCCCUUACGGGGGAUCCCUGCCCUGCCGCCGCUGUCGCCGCCGCCGUGGUCGCAGACGGGGCUGCGCGGGUGGGCGGCGGUGCGGAGGGUGAAGAAGGUCGGAGCACGGAGGCUGCCGCUGCCGAGGCCGAUGGCUACGCGGCCGUGGGGGAGCAGCGGCGGGCCUGGCUGGACACGCGUUGUGCCGCUUAGCCGUUGA